CCGUGCUGGCCAUUCGUCGGUGCAUUGUUUAGUAUAGCGCAAUUCCUGCUCGAUUAUGCUGCUCACGAGUCGCAUGGGGCCGUAUAAGUCCAGUUCCUCUCUGGUGGCAACAACUCUGGUCUGGCUCGUCUACUCGACUGGUGGCUUACUACGUGACAGUCUUCGAUCUAUUUGCCUUGGCGGCGUAAGUACAGGAUGGGUCGUGAUGUCGAAUUCACGCUUAUGUGGGCCUCACCGGGAGCCAGCCUUCCCGAGAGAAGACUACGGCGCAAAGCCCUCGCAUUGGCUCUACGUGUCUGUUCCUGGUGCUGGGCGGGAUCAGGGCACGAAAAACAAGUUGCUUGAUGCUCACAAAGGGAUUCACACUGAAGUUCAAGAAGUUCAAGCCUCUAGGCCUCUACGUUCGAAGUGCAACUCUCGACCAUUACGGCCCGCAUCUUUCUCAGUCUUGGAAUCUAGAGGCGCACCGGUUCUAACAUCUGGUUGGGAUUGCGGCAAGUAACCCGCUGAGAAGUACUGGUCAUCUCCAGGUGCUGUUGACUACAUUAUCCAGCUCAUGACAGCAUCCAUCGUGUCAUCUUCGACACUUGAUCUCUCUUUUCGCGAUGGUUUGAGCGCAUUUACAGUUCUAAAAGAGCAC